AUAGGAAAUAAUGAUGCAUUGUGCCCAAUGAAGCCAGGCCAAUCGUGCCGAUGACAUCACUGGCUAAAGAGCCCAACUGAGUUUAAUUGAGUGCCACGCCGAGAGGACUGAUCGACCACUAUUUGUAUCCCAGCUGCGUUUGCGACAUCGCCGACGUUUUUGUAUCUUAGUUUUCUACGUGUAUUUUACAAUAAGACGUUCCUAAUGAGCGCUCCUAUUGCAGGAUUCAUAUUCGCUAUUGUUUUGGCAGUACUCGUCGUCAUAUUCAUAGCGUACUGCAUGUUCUGCAGAGAGAGACACAAGUCCGAAUAUCAUCAAUACGAUAUAGCUGACCUUAAGAAGAGAAAUCUCGAAAUCGCACAAGAGCAUGAGAGUAAAGCGAAGAAAAAACAACUUGCAGCUGGGAUAUUCAUAUUACCAACCAAACAUAAACAAAAAGACGAUUAUGAGCGAAAAAGACCUGACUACCCUGAGAGUCCUCCACCUUUGGCACUGCCAGUUGGGAAACUUGUAGAAGUACUCGACAAUGAGAGUUCUGACGUGGAAUACAAAGAUGGUAUACUGGAAAUCGACUCCAACUCACAAUAUCAUAGCGAAGUUUAGAUGUAAUAAAGACAGAUGAUUGAUAGUCAUACUUUAUUCGAAACAUUAGCAAUAAAAUGUGCCGUAUAUCGUACAUUCAUAAAGAGAGUACUGUUUAUGAACAACUGUCUUUUGUUACAUCGGCAAACGAUAUUGAAACUACGUAUUACAUGCUUGUACUAAAACGUCAAUGUGCAUUGUCACGUGAUUCCAGUCAUGGAAGAGCGACGGAACGCUGCUGUUACGUUUAUAGUUAUGUAUUGCUUUUAAAUCGUUACAAGGAUAAAUGCUUCUCGUAAAGAAAUAUUUUUAACAUAUUCAGAUAUUUUACGUGUAUAUGAAAUGGAUAGCUAUUUACUCAUACCAAGUCACAUUAAAUGAAAUUUUUAUAU